UCCUUCGGGUAUCUGAUGUCAGCUUCCUCUUUUGCAAGUAAUAUAGUCCAGAAACUGGAGAGAGAGAGAGCAGUUCCUGAAUUCUGACAGGAUGUUGACGGUCUCAGAAUGAUCUUAAGGAAUGACUCAGCCUUCCUAUGACCUGAACGCUUUGUGAAAUACCACUAGCCCUGCCUAUUGAAACGACGGUAUGUUUUAGAACGGAUGGAAGUACCUCUCCGCACCAGUAGGAAGUGGAGCAGGAGAUCAUUACCUGAUGCUGUUAAUAGUGUUUCUCGGCCAGCAGCCACUGAGCAUUGAGCCUCCCGCACCAGUUCAGGAAGGGUGCAGUUCUCAGACUGCCCCCCGCAUCUACACCACAAGGGAAGUUCAUGUCCAUCCAUCUGCAUUAAAAUAACCCUGUUGAAAGGGCAGCAAGUGGAAUGAAUGCCGAUCAGUUGCUUAAGGUUCAAAGACAUAAAUUCAUCACGAUUCUUGGAAGAGUUUCAGUGGAAGUAUUUGAGAGCAUUCUUGAUCAUUUACUAGCAUGGGAUCUUCUGAGCUGGGAAGAAUACGAACAUGUGAAAUCACCAGGAGUUCUGUCUCGUUCCAGUCGUAAUCUCCUUGAUAUUGUAACAUUUAAAGGGACCAGAGCCUGUGAACUUUUUAUUCUGGCAUUGGAAGAUGUCAUUCACAGCUCACAGCUGACUGAUUUAAUUUUGGGCAGCUAUAAACCUCCAGAAGAGACUCCCGAAUCACUGUCAUCAUUGCCUUCCCAAACUCUUCAAAACCACAGACCCAACAUCGUGCGGAAACUACAUGGACACGUUGCAGCUGUGUUAGAAAUUCUGCAUAGAUAUGGUCAUUUUUCAAAAUAUGAAUGUGAUGAGGUUCAAUUGCCAAUAUAUACACCUUCCCAGCAGGCUCGAAAGCUGCUGGAUCUCACUAAAGCUAAAGGGGAAGACACAGCUCAGAUGCUGUUAGACUACAUUGAAUCUGAACCUGGACCCAUCAAGCCCAUCCAUGGUAAUGCUUGCUUGAAGUAUCAGGAAAAGUUGAGCUCUACGUUGGCUGCUCAGUCCCGAUUUCUAACAAACUAUGCCGGAACUGAAAAUAUGUGCCUGGAGGAUAUUUAUGUGGAUUGUAUCUUGGAAGUAUCCAAUAUCGCUGCUGCUGAAAAUGGCUGCUUGUCAUUCCUUAUUGGACUGGAAGACAUCUUUGGAUCAGAUGGAAUAUUAAAUAAAGAUGCAGAUACUGUGCUGAUCACUGGGGAAGCGGGAAGUGGGAAAAGCACUUCACUGCAGCAAAUCCAACAAUUAUGGGCAACAAAGCGAGCUUUCCAGGACUUCACAUUUGUAUUUGCUUUCAGCUGUAGAAGGUUCAAUUUCAUUGAUAAACCCAUCUCACUUCAAAUGUUACUGUUUGAACAUUGCUGCUGGCCUGAUGAUCACCAAGAUGAAGUGUUCCAGUACAUCCUGGACCAUCCUGAAGAAAUCAUAUUCCUGUUUGAUGGGUUUGAUGAAUUUAAACUCCAAUUUACAGAUGAAGAAAGGCACUGUUCCCCCUCAAAGCCAACCACUGCACUGAAUCUGAUCUUUAAUCUUCUUCAAGGGAAUUUAAUGAAAAACACUAAAAAAGUUAUGACCAGCCGACCAAAUGCAGUAACUGCCAAAUUAAGAAAAUAUCUGCAGAAAGAGAUCACACUAAAAGGUUUCUCGCCAGAGAGAAUUGAGAAAUUCCUAAAGAAAUGCCAUAGCAACUCAUCAAGUGCAGAACGUAUUUUGUGUUUUGUUGAGGCAAACUCAGCUCUUCAUGGGCUCUGUCAUGUGCCCUUCUUCUGUUGGAUAGUUUCAAAGUGCCAUGAACAGUUAAUGCAGAAUGGGAGUGAUUUUGCUCGCACAAUGACUGAUGUUUAUCUGCUGAUUCUAGAACACUUUUUAUUGCAUCUUACCUACAACUGCCAAGGAACAAAUGAAAUUCUGCAGAGCCAUAUUGCCACAGUCCUCCAUCUUGGCAAAUUAGCAUUGGAUGGCUUAAACUCUUGCUGUUACAUAUUCUCAGCUGUACAGCUACAGGAAGCCGAGGUAUCGGAAGAAGAUAUUUCUUUAGGUUUCCUUGUCAGUAGUCAUAGUUUCUCACAUGCACGCAAUGCAGUUAAUAAUAGGAAUUACGAGUUUCUUCAUAUUACUGUCCAAUGUUUCUUUGCUGCACUGUACGUCACUUUAAAUGAUAACGUGGCUCAAUCUACUCUUCGCUCAUUGUUCAAACACAGACAGGAAAAUCCAUCCGUGUGCAUGAUGUCAGCAGCCUGCUGUAAAGGCUGGCCACUUUAUUGCUGCCAGUCUCAUGAAGAAGAUAAGAGGAGAAGUGAAACUCUGUUACAGAAAGCAGAGAUGUCAAAUGUCCAAAUAACAGCAAGCUUUGUUUCGGGGCUAUUGUCUGGUAGGCACAGGGACCAGAUGGGGAAGAGUUCCCUCUUCCAGAAGCGAUCCAAAAAGUACAGACUUGUUAAAAAAUACUUAGCAAAGUGUAUACAAAAACAUUUCGUAUCCAUAUCACCAGCUAUUGGGGGAGAGAAGAAAAGCUUGCAUGCUUUGCCAGAAUUUGUAUGGUGGAUUAAAUGCAUUUAUGAAAUGCAGGACAAUGAUUUGGCCAAAGAAGCUGUUAGUAAACUGGAAGUGGAUCACUUGAAGUUGACCUAUUGUGGAAUAGGGCCUGUUGAAUGUACUGCUCUUGCUUAUGCCCUCAAACACUUGAAAAGUCCAGUGGGAUUACAGUUGGAUUACAACUCGGUUGGUGAUUUAGGAAUUGAACAGCUCCUUCCCUGCUUGGACAUUUGCCACUCUAUUUACCUCCGGGGAAAUGACAUUUCUGAUCAAGGAGUUUCCAAACUGGUUGACCGAGCUCUUGACAGCCGUAAUUUGCAAAAGAUUGCGUUAUUUCACAAUAAUUUAACUGACGCAUGUGCCCAGAAUUUUGCAAAGCUUCUGAAACACAGGGACAACUUUCUUGCAUUAAGGCUAGGCAACAACCACUUAACAGCUGUUGGGGCAGAAGUGCUGGCAGAAGGUUUAAAACAGAGCAACUCCAUCCAAUAUUUAGGACUUUGGGGAAAUAAAAUUGGAGGAGCUGGUGCUUGUGCUUUGGCAGUAGCUCUUGAGAAUAAUACAAGCUUGUUGUGGCUAAGUCUCGUAGGUAACAACGUUGACAGUCGUGGCGCCAAGGCUUUGGCUUUAAUGCUGAAAAAGAACACCGUCCUCGAGGAGCUCUGGUAAAUGUCUCAAUGACAUUUUCAAGGGAAACUGACUAAAUACAUUUGGUGUCAGCUUGUUUUGGGAUGGGGUCAAAUCAUGAAUCAGACUGCCAGAUGAACUUGUUAUUUAUUAUCUUGGUUAUUGAUACUUGGGAUUUUGCAAUUCUUUUAAAGAUACACUGUCCUUAUGAUUGGUUUAUUUGCUAACUGAGGUACAAAUUCCCUUGCGGAUAAGCAGAGCAGGAAUGUGAACACGUGGCUGAAGGAAUGUUAUGGAAAAGAGGGUUUCCAUUUCAGGUGUUAUUAGAACCAGUGCUGCAGAGUACAGUAAUAUUCUCCAAGCAGAGACUGUGAAAUUCUGCAGCACUUUUUUUUAAAAAUUCAGGCUAAUUCUCAUUGUUAAUGCUCAGGGACCUGCAAUCUCUUCCCUUGCCUCCAACAGCAGCCUGGAAUACAGCUUAUUUGGCCUUGGGGAUUUGUUCAUUUUAAGCCCCAUAAAACUACUAAUAUCUCUUCUCCCUCAAUGCUCAUUUGUUCAAGUAUAUCACAGUCCUUCUCCCUGAUUUCUACACCUACAUUAUCCUUCUGUAUAGUGAAUAUAGAUGCAACAUGAUGAUCUAAAGCCUCAACUAUGUCUUCUGGCUGCACACACAGAUUUCCACUCUGGCUCCUAAUGGACCAUACUCUUUCCCUCAUUAUCUUCUUGCCCUUAAUAUACCUCUAAAAUGCCUUUGGAACUUUCCUCCAGUAUUACUUCAUAACCCCUCUUUACUCUCCUAAUAUCUUCUGUAAGUAAUUUUCUUUUGUUCUGUUCUAAAACUUCCCCUGUUUGGGCCCGCAGUAUCUGCCAUAAGUUCUCCUUUUUUGUCCUUAUCCAAACCUGUACUUCCCAUGAUAUUCAAGGUUGUCUGGACUUGUUGGCCCCACUCUUCUCCUUUUGUAGGAACAUGUUGACUCUGAACGCUCACAAUUUUUUUUUGGCUUAGUCUCACUGCCGCGAUGUCAGCUCUGCUACGAAUUGUUGCUCCCAGUCCACUUUGGCCAGAUCCUGUCUUAUCAUUUUAAAAUCAUUCUUCUGCCAAUUCAGAAUCUUUACUUCAGGUUCAUCAUUUCUCUUUAGGUUUAUCUUUUCCAUAACUACCUUAAAUCUUACUGCAUUAUGGUCCCAAUCACUGAAAUAUUCCCCCACUGGCACUUUGAUUAUUCUCUAAAAUUAGAUCCACUGCUCCCUUUCUUGUAGUACCUUCUACAUGCUGACUAAAAAAGUCUCAUAGAUACAUUUUAAGAAUUCCAUCAAAUCUGAGCCUUUCACAUUCAGUCUGUGCGAGUUCAUUUGGGGAAGUUGUGGUCCCCUACAAUUACUUUUACACUUCUCUGAGAUUUCACUACAUAUCUGUCCUUCUAUCUCGCCCUGAUUACUGGAGAUUAUUUUUUUCAUUCACAGGAUGAGGGCAUCACUGGAAAGGUCAGAAUUUAUUGCUCAUCCCUAAUUGCCCAGAAGGCAAUUGCUGUGGGU